CUAAAAUUAGCGCCGCGCUCAGCGGGGCCGGGGCCGGGGCAGUGCGGGCACCGGGGGGCCGGAGCCGGAGCCGGAGCCGGAGCGGGGCCUUGGUGAGCAGAGCCGGGCCGGGCCGGGCCGGGACCGCGGCGAUGAACUUCGCGGUGGGGCUGAAGCCGCUGCUGGCGGAGGCGCGGAGCAUGGAGAGCCUGGAGAAGCAGCUCAUCUGCCCCAUCUGCCUGGAGAUGUUCACCAAGCCCGUGGUCAUCCUGCCCUGCCAGCACAACCUCUGCCGCAAGUGCGCCAACGACGUCUUCCAGGCUUCCAACCCGCUGUGGCAGUCGCGGGGCUCCAGCGCGGUGCCGUCGGGCGGCCGGUUCCGGUGCCCGUCGUGCCGCCACGAGGUGGUGCUGGACAGGCACGGGGUGUACGGGCUGCAGCGGAACCUGCUGGUGGAGAACAUCAUCGACAUCUACAAGCAGGAGUCGGCCAGGCCCCUGCACGCCAAGGCCGAGCAGCACCUCAUGUGCGAGGAGCACGAGGACGAACGGAUCAACAUCUACUGCCUGCGCUGCGAGGCGCCCACCUGUUCCCUCUGCAAGGUCUUCGGGGCGCACAAGGACUGCGAAGUCGCACCACUGCCUGCUGUCUACCAGCGCCAGAAGGUGGGGGCCCUGGGGGGAGCCGGCGAGGGGCCUGGGGGCUGCCUGCCCAGCCAGCCUUCACGCCCUUCCCACCCCGUCCUGUCCCAGAGCGAGCUCAGCGAUGGCAUUGCCAUGCUGGUGGCAGGGAACGACCGCAUCCAGGCCAUCAUCACCCAGAUGGAGGAGAUCUGCCGCACCAUCGAGGAGAAUGGCCGGCGGCAGAAGCAGCACCUGGUGCUGCGCUUCGACUCGCUGUACAGCAUCCUGGAGGAGCGGAAGAAGGAGCUGCUACAGAGCAUCGCGCGGGAGCAGGAGACAAAGGUGCAGCGCGUGCGGGGUCUCAUCCGCCAGUACGGCGACCACCUGGAGGCCUCCUCCAAGCUGGUGGAGUCGGCCAUCCAGGCCAUGGAGGAGCCCCAGAUGGCUGUGUACCUGCAGCACUCCAAGGAGCUCCUGAAAAAGAUCACAGACAUGUCCAAGGUGUCAAUGAGCAGCCGCCCAGAGCCUGGCUAUGAGAACAUGGACCACUUCUCCAUCAAUGUGGACUAUGUGGCAGAGAUGCUGAGGACCAUCGAGUUCCAGACAGAGCCGCUAGGCGAGGAUGAGGCAGACGUACCCGGGGAUGGCAGCGAGGCCGCGGCAGAUGAGGACCGGCUGGACAGCCUGGAGGUGCCCGAAGCCAUGGAGGAUGUGGGGCCGAGGCAGAAGGCAGCAAGCUCUCCCCAUGGUCAGCACUGAGCUAGUGCUGUGGGGCAGCGUCAGCACCCACCGACUCAUUGCUGUCCCUCGUACCCCUUGGCAAGCUCCAACCCUGCUGGCGUAAUUCCCCAAAUGCUCUUCUUUGACAUUAAACUGUGUGUGAGGA